AUGUCGAGCUACUUCCCAGAGACGAUCCCGCCGACAGUUCCGUUAACGAAGGAGCUGGAGGCGCUUCUUGAGUUUUUGAUGCAUCAGAAGCCUACGUCGGUUGGAGACAGGGAGUUCAAUGAGUUAUCGCACCUGAGCGAGAAGGACUUGGAUGUCAAGAUCCGCGAGCUUGAAAACUGGAACUUCCGGCUUAAUCUUGACGAAUCGAAAGAGAUGCAGGACAGUAUCAGCCUUGGGAUCGUCGGAAACGAGCAGAAGCCGUCAGCCUCUUAA